AAAAAAAAAAAAAAAAAAAAAUUCUUUACGACGAAACCUUAAUGUUACCAGAAACUAGUUUCCAAUCCAACAUUACGCAAGAUAAUUUUAUUCGUGAAUUCCCGAAUAAAAAAAAAAGGAAAAGCCCAAAUGGGUUCAUUAAAUAUCGAACGGUAGAAUGGCAACGCUUCAAGAAGAAAUACCCUAACGUUACGACUCAACAAUUUUCAUCUAUUGCUGCAGAACAAUGGCACAGAAUGACCGAUAGCGAAAAAAAUUACUACAUUAAAUUAAAACUAGACAAACGGCCAAAAAAGAAUAAUAGAGACGGGCCCAAGCAAAAGUACGACAAGAAGAAUAACGAAAAGAACGAUAUCGAACGAGAUUUAUCAGCAGAAUCUUCUCUUUUUCACUUACAAUUAGAUUUUAAUAACUAUAACGAAAACCUUUAUUUCAAUAAUUCUACUAACCAAGAGGAUGAUAAUUUUUUAUUACCCUAUCCUUCUUAUUCUUUAUAUGAUGACGCAAACAUUUUUUUUGAUUUUGGUUUUUAAUAGUAUUUUACUAUAUCAGAUAUAUUUAACUG